AACAUGAUUUUCUGGUCACUACAAAGGUAAAAAAGCUACUUCCAAUAUGAGUGAUGUGGAGGAGGAAACAGAAGAUGAAAUGUCCAAUGAGGAGCAGGAAGGGGAGAAGGAAAACCUCUGUAAUGAGGAAACGCCAGCCUCCAAGCUCAAAUGCAAAAGAAAAGAUGAAGAUGACCAUUUGUCAGAUCCACAAAAUGACAAAAAGAAAAGUAAAGGGAAAAAGAAAAAUGUGCCAGAUUUUGAAGAAAUUGUUCUUCCAGAAGAUGAAUGUGAAAAGACUGAAAAAAUUGAUUCUGCCAAGAAUACAGAAGCAAAAUCAAGGAAACCAGGAAAAGCACUCAAUCCUAUUGGUCAUCAGGGUCAACCCAGCAUCGGACCCAAGUCUAAAGCUACAGUUUCUGAAGGAGAGGGCACUAGUGAAGAAAUGGUAGAAGUCCAGAUUAAUAAAGAGACCUGUUCAUCACAAAAAUCUACAGAGAGAAUGUCAGACAAUGAUUCUUCAGAUCAAGAGACUACUGUGCUGAUAGCAAGACCAACUAGAUCUGGGAGAAUUUCCAAACCUGUACAAGUCCUAAAUUACCCAGCCAAAGAGGAUACAAACUCACCAGAUACCACUUUGACCUCUCCUGCACGCACCACCAUGACAAAAGUCAAAGUCAAAGGCAAAGCUGCUGGGAAGAGAGGAAGAUCAGGAAGAUCAGCACAGCAACACUCUGCAAAAGAGUCAAAGAAACCAAAAUUGAUCACACUAAGAGCCUCCCAGUCAGAAGAGAGAGUGACAAUGAAGAAGAGGAACCUGAUGUACCACGUGAUGACGAUGAGAACAGUACAAGUGCGUUUGUGCCGGCCAGUCUGUGCUCACCCAAACCUGUGGUCCCAGAGGUGGAGGAGACCAUGGAAGAGCUUGACAUUUUGACCCACAUGCCUGAUGUGUUGGGUAUGUCCAAGAAUGCACUGUGCCCUGAUGCCUCAUGUGAGCAAGUACAAAAUGAAAGCGGCACUGUUGAACCCUGUGAGCAUCAGCUGGACCUGCUUGUUGAUGUAAUUGACUUCCUUUCGGAACAUACAGAAACAUCAGAGGAUGAAGGCUACAACGAGGCUGCUCAAACCUUGUUGGCAUUUGGAAAUCUGGCUAAUCUGUCCCAACCGACACAGAGUCAGGCAUCUAUGUCAGAUCACACAUCAAAAAUUGAAAGUCAAUGCAUUGAUGUAGAGUCUUCUUUGCAACUGGAAGAAUGCCCUCUGGCAGUUUCAGAACCAUCAACAACUGAAGUCAGCCCAACAGUACAGCUACCAUCAUCUCAUACUUCUGACAUACAGACAUUUACAUCUAGUGGGGAACUGUGUAGCAAACAAGAGAAGUUGUCACCUCUCAGGAAGGGAAGGUUUUCUAAGAUAAAACCUAAGCCUAACCUUGGUUCAAGGACUACAAAACUGCGCACACAGACUGUUGGU